AUGCGUCGAGAUUAUUUGAGAGAGUUGACUUGCCACAGAGACAAGCAACGCAGCAUCAGCGACGAAGCGCAGGAGGUUCUCCAAGACCUCCAGGAGCAUCCUGUGAUGUUCUUCGAGCCAUUGAAGUUUGUGCUUGAUGAUGUGACAAAAGAGUUCAUCAAGCUUGUGGUGGAAGAGCGGGUCCGUUUCCUCAGCAGGUUGAAUUCCGGAUACGUGCACGUGAGCUUGAUGUGCAAUUCAGGGCCCUGGGACUUUGCUUUCCUCGGUGAUGUGCCGUUCGCAUCUGCGGCCUGGGUUCGGGAAGAGGAUUUGCAGCGACAAGUCUGGGUUCCCGAUCCUUUCAACGCAAGGCCAGUUGCGCUGGGGCGACUUGGCGUUGCUGCAUACCGCAUCUAUCUCCCAAGCUCCGUGAGCUUGUUGUACUUCCAAGCUUGCGCUUUGCGCUGCGCAGUCUUCAUCAAUCGCAGCCUCGUUUCACAGCAUGUGGGUGGCUACAGCCCGUUCUGGGUGAGCCUCGCCGAGUUCCGGGCACACGCCGGAAGCUUCGGCUUUGAGCUCUUGGUGCUGGCAGACAGCCGCUUUACUGGAGAGGCACCCGUGCAUCAAGAAACCUACGACUGGCUCCAACCUGGAGGCCUUCUGCGGCCCGUCGAGGCCCACAUCCUCCCGCAGCCCACGCAGCACAUUGCACAUGUGUCCGUGGUUCCGGCAAAAGACAGUGGCACACGUGGCAACGUGCAGGUGACAUUGAAGUUGUCCGAAGGAUGCGGCCCUGGCAUGACCGCCAAGAUUCGGUUUGACGACCACCACCUCCUGGCCACAGAGCGCAAGGUUGGCAAAAUGACGCAGUGGUCGGAGCAGGUCCCAGAAGCGAGGCUGUGGACGCCGUCAGAACCCGAACUCCACGUGCUCACGCUCAGCCUCUUCUCGGAUGGUGUGCAGGUGGAUGCCGUUUCAGUUCGCUUUGGGCUCCGGACCGUGGAGUCGAAGGAGGGUCAAAUCCGCAUCAACGGCGAGCCUGUGCUGUUGCUGGGGGUGAACCGGCACGAGAACAAUCCCUUUGGCGGCAUCUUCAUGACUUUCGAUGCUCUUCGGCGAGAUAUUGAACUGCUGAAAGAGCUUGGUGCCAAUUUCGUUCGAGGCUCUCACUACAGCCAAGACCAACGCUUUCUGGACUUAUGUGAUGAGAAUGGCAUACUGGUCUGGGAAGAGGCCGUGGCCUGGCAGCCCUCCCUGGAAGACCUGCAGGAUCCGAUUUUCAUGAGCCAGCAGCUCCGGGCUCUGGAUGAGACGAUCGAUGCUUCCGUGAAUCACCCAAGCGUCAUCAUUUGGGGAUUCCUCAAUGAAGGCGAAGCGAACGUGAGGGCUGCCAGGGAAGCAUACCAGCAGCUGGCAAAGUUCACCAAAUUGAAAGAUCCUUCUCGCUUGGUGUCUUGGGCAUCGAGGCACAAGGUGCGCGACGAGACCCUGGAUCUGGCCGAUGUCAUUGCCUUCAACGACUACCCAGGCUGGUAUGAUGCCCUUGUGCCGGACAUUCCGGCUGUCUGGCGGAGCUAUGCUGAUUGGGUGCGGGUCCAUCACCCUGGCAAGGCCGUGCUCAUUGCAGAAGCAGGCGCCAGUGGCCUGGCCAAUUUUCUGCGGCCAGCGAAUUCAUCUGGCGCGGGUCUGGAGAUGUGGUCAGAAGACCUGCAAGCGGCCAUAGUAGGUGCGACGAUAGCAUCGGCAGUGGCUGCCGGAUACGCGGGAGUCGCUUUGUGGCAGUUUGCCGACUCGCGCGUGGACGUCGCACUCCUCGAAGAAGACAACCAGCGGCGGCAGGAGCUCCCGGUGCCCCCCAUCUUGGAAGUCGGGGCCGGCUCCGCCUGGGUGGAGCAAGUCGCGGUUGGAUAUCAGAUAACGAACUCUCCUUUCGGCCAUCAUAUGGCCUUGCGGCCACGAGGUCUGAACAACAAAGGUUUGCUGUCUCUGUCGAGGCAGCAUCGCAAGCUCGCCUUCGAAGUUGCUAAAGAAGGCUUUCGUGGCUUCUGCUUCCCGAUCGUGCCGGGAAGACCUUUGGAGCCUUCGACACCAACAGCCGUGGUAGAGAUCGAGUCGUUGGAGUCGCUCGAUGCCCUGCAAUCACAUGCAGGUUGCAGUGGUUGCAUGCUGGCAGCGCACACAUGGAAUCCGGCAGACAGGCCUCCAGGCGAGCCAGGUCUGCGAGUACACGGCCACCGCCUGGCUUCCCGUGCAGCCCGCUUCGUUUUGAAAGCGGGGCUGCUGAGCCUGGCAGGGCACUCGGACGGCCGGCUUGCGGCAGUCGGCGGCUUCGUGACUGUCGCAGGUACUCGCGAUGUUGCCUCCAGCUACGUUGCCGUCAGACAAGCUCCGACAUCGCUUUGGCGGUUUGAGAUGCAAGACAACCCGAAUGUUUUUCUCCUAAGGGUGAUCGCUGGCAAACGCUGUGGUGGAGUUUUAUCGCUUCAUGCCGGGCGCGUUCCAGAAGACCUGCGAGAUGCAAAUUCGGUGUAUGCAGUGGUUCAUAUGGAUGCUUCAUUGGCCACCCUCUUCAAGAUGCGUAUGGUCGUUUGA